GGUUGAGUUAUUCAAUUUGCAACUUCCCCUUAAAUAACCAUACACACGAAUAUGUUUGGAGUUAGCUUGCGUAAUUUUAGAGUAAUGGCUUCUAUGCCAAUUCAAAGACAAGUUCUUGCACAAAAAUUCGUUGUACAACGAUCAUUCCAUGUAUCAAAUAUUGUUUUAGCUAAAGGUAAAGGUAAAAAGAAUAAUAAAAAGGGUAAUGCUAAAGAAGAAGAAGAAGAAGAAGAAAUACAAGUUGAAGCUCCAACUAUAGACUUUAAUGAUGCCACUACUAGGUUUGAAAAUUUAAUUCAAAAAUUCAACAAGGCAGCUCUGGAAAUUAAGUUAGGUAAGAGUAACCCUAAUCUAUUUAAUAAAUUACAAGUUAAAAUCCAUGAUGAAUUCAUUCCUUUUACAAGUUUAGCACAAACAUCAGUUAAGGGUCGUAAUUUUGUUAUAACAUUAUUUGAUCCUAAUAAUGCCAAACAUAUAAUUAAUACUAUUUUAGGAUCAGAAUUGAAUUUAAGUGCUCAAGUUGAUCCAACUAAUAAAUUAGCAUUAAAAGUUCCUUUACCACCUAUAACUUCAGAAACAAAAAAGGAGAGUGCUAAACAUUUGAAAGAAAUUUAUGAAAAAUUUAAGAACGCAAACCCUAAGCAGCAUAAUGAGUCAUUGGGUAACAUAAGAGCUGAAAUUAGAUCUAAAUUUGAAAAGACUUUAAAGAGUAAUAAGAAGAAUGAUGCAGAAGUAAAAGAGUUGGCUAAAUUCGAUAAAUUACAUAAACAAUAUUCAGAUAAAUUAUCAGAAGCCUUUAAAACGGCAGAAACUUCUAUUUUAAAGUAAAAAGUAUGUAUAAAACCUUAU